AGAGGUUGGCGUCAGGACAGGCUGCUAGCGUCAGUGAGAGGUUGGUGGCUAGUUAGCUUCCCGGCACGGCCAUCAGGACUGUUAGAAUGACUGCUGCAGCUGCCUGCUCCACACAGGAACCCACCGACACGGGACAGACUGAGGCGUAUGAGUGGGCGUUGGAGGGGAUGCGUCACCUGGCCAGCAUCAGCAUGGAGGACUGCACGGUGCCCGACAAGAGCCAGGGGGUGAUCAGCUGUCUGGAGGGGUACAGCCGGCAGCACCCCCCGAUCCCCGACCCCCGCUUCCAGGAGAUGAAGGAGCUGGCUGGGGAGAUGAAGAGCGAGCAGGGCCUCAAACAGUGGAAGUUCGCCUGGUCCAAGUGCCAGGAGACCAAGCAGAUGUUUGAGAAGAAGCUGGAGGCCGCUCUGAGGACGAGGCGAGCCCUGCCCACGGGAGAGUCACCCGGGUCGGGUACAGCGGGUGCAGGGAAGGACGGCGGGGUAGGGGACGCCACCCCCAGACGUUACUCAGACGUUAACAACGACGUGGGACAGGAGAGGAGCCGCAGCGUGUCACACGCCUGUAGAAAGGCCUUUAGUGGGGUGUGGGGGGUCAGAGAGAGGCUGUCCUCCACCUCCAGCUCUGCCUCAGCUCAGUCGGCCUGCAGCCUCAGACAGGAGACACCCCUAACCUCCUCUCCCUACGGUCUGGUGCACAGGCUCCCCCUCACCCCCCUCUCCACCCAGCUCCUCACCCGUAGCACCUCCUCCGAGGAGUCGUCCAAAGGGGUUUGUAUUGAAGCGCAGGGCCAUAGCUCCUCCUGCUCCUUCUCCCCCUGCCUGACCCCCCUGGAGCCGAGCUCCGCCCCUAACCCUGCUCGCCGACCCCCGCUCCGCAAGACCCAGAGCUUCGACUGCCAGAGCCCCGCCCCCGCCUCCCCUGACUCCUCCCGCUAUGGGACCUGUCAGCGUACGCUGAGCGAGCCGGCGAGGCGCGGCAACACUGGGGUGUUUAUUAAAGGCCUGGAGGUCAGUAGUAGGGAGGUGGCUGAGCGACCCUACUCCCCCAGAAUGACGCCUCCUGGCUGGGCAGCAGGAGAGGCACUGAGGACCCCCUCCAUCAGCACUACCAGUAGUCCUGUACCAGAGACCCGUGCCAAGGGCAGUAAGCUGCGUCACAUCGUGGAUGAGAUGGUGACCACGGAGAGGGAGUACGUGCGUUCCCUCCGUUACAUCAUCGAGCACUACUUCCCCGAGAUGGAGAGAGGAGACCUCCCGCAGGACCUCAGGGGAAAACGCAGCGUCAUCUUUGGGAACCUGGAGAAGCUUAUGGACUUCCACAGCCAGUACUUCCUCAAGGAGUUGGAGAGCUGCUGCAACCACCCUCUGAGGGUGUCACACUGCUUCCUACGACACCAAGACGCGUUCGGCCUGUACGCUCUGUACAGUAAGAACAAGCCUCGGUCUGAUACGCUGUUGGCCAGCCACGGAAACAGCUUCUUCAGGAACAAGCAGCUGAAGCUGGGAGAUAAGAUGGACCUGGCCUCCUACCUGUUAAAGCCCAUCCAGAGGAUGGCUAAAUAUGCUCUCCUCCUCAAAGACCUGAUCAAGGAGGUGAGCGAGGCGCAAGAGACAGAGCUGGGCUACCUCCGAGCCGCCGCGGAGAUGGUCAAGUUCCAGUUGCGUCACGGCAACGACCUGCUCGCCAUGGACGCCAUUCGAGACUGUGACGUGAACCUGAAGGAGCAGGGUCAGCUGGUCAGACAGGAUGAGUUCUGGAUCUGGUACGGCAGGAAGAAGUGUCAGCGCCAUGUCUUCCUGUUUGAAGACCUGGUGCUGUUUAGUAAACCCAAACGCAUCGAAGGAGGACUGGACGUUUACAUCUACAAACACUCCUUUAAGACGGCAGACGUGGGGAUGACAGAGACAUCUGGGGACAACAGUCUUCGUUUCGAGGUGUGGUUCAGACGCAGGAGCAGUAAGAACCAGACGUAUGUCCUGCAGGCCUCCAACACAGACAUCAAACACGCCUGGACCACCAACAUCGCACGUAUCCUCUGGCAGCAGGCUACCCGGAAUAAAGAGAUCCGUAAUCAGGAGAUGGUUUCCAUGGGAGUGGGUAACAAGCCAUUCCUGGACAUUACACCCAGUGAUGCUGCCAUCAACGACAGGGCUAUAGACUACAUCAUGAAGGGACGAGGUGCCAGAACUCGAGCCUCCAUUGCCGUGUCCCUGUUCGACCACUCCAACCCUUUCAAGCGUACAGCGUCGAGUAACGGGGGGUCUGGCGGUGGGGCCCCUGCUGCGUCUGGCUCCUGCACUCUCCUGGGGCCCCUCAACCUGCACAUGUACAGCAGCCACAGCCAGGCCCUGCUGCCCGGGGAGAGAGGCCCUUCAUCAGCCCGUGUAUGGAGGAGGACGAGAUGGAGCACGAGACCAGCAGCCAGCCAUCCAUGAGUACAUACUCUACAGAGAGCUCAGGUUCAUCGUCCCACUGUCUGUCCGGCAGCGGCUCCAGUGGUUCAGACAGUGGCUGUGUGUCCAGCCACCUCCCUGAGGCCAGUUUAUCUGAGGAUCCCUCGUUCCCCUGCCGUCCCCCGUCCGACGCCGUGACCUCCCCCAGCCUCCCCAAAGACAAGCCGCGCUACAACAGCCAGUACAUUUCAGCCAAAGUAGCUCAGAUCAUAAGCCCUUCCACUAUAGUGUGAUUCCUGACUGGGACCCUGCUUGGAGUCUGAUAUCCAGAAAGACACUAUUACCACGCCAAGGAAGACAGACGAGACCAAUAUGUUUUCUCGCGCUGCCAGCAGCACCUCUCAUGGACACUGUAAAGACCCGGGACUGUUUUUAAAUGAAAAGAAAGGCCACUUUUGAGCAUAGCUUUUAUAUAGUUUUUUUUUUUUUUUUAAAGUUAAUUUAAAUAUUGUUAUAUUUUUCUUCCCAAAAGUACCUGGUGGGUGCAGUCGUUUUUUUCCUGUUACUCUAUUGGGUUAUUCUGUAAAUAAUUAUUUUAAUAGUUUCCUGUGAA